CAAGCAAGGCUCAAGGAUAGAGGAAUAUCAGACAGGCCAAAACUGACCUGGAGCCUGACAGGAGGCUGUAUGAUCAAUUUCAUUCUGCUCAUUAGCCGGCAAGGCAAAACGAGGUUGAAGAAGUGGUUCGUCCCAUGUCCAGAGCGUGAUCAGUUCAGAACGAUCAAGGAGGUCAGCAGCCUCAUCCUCAACAGGUCGCCAAAGGUUUGCAACUUCCUGGAAUGGCGAGACUACAAGCUGUGCUACAAGCGCUACGCUAGCUUGUUCUUCAUUGCCUGCAUCGAGCAAAAUGACAACGAGCUGCUUGCACUAGAGAUGGUCCACCAUUUUGUGGAAUGCUUGGACCGCUACUUUGGCAACGUAUGUGAGCUGGACUUGAUCUUCAACUUUCACAAGGCAUACUACAUCCUGGACGAGAUCCUGAUCAGCGGAGAACUGCAGGAGUCCAGCAAAAGAGCUGUGCUUCAUCACAUCUCCGAGCAGGACGCCAUGAUGCAAGAGAACGAACAGGCGAAGCGAAAGGGAUGAGCCCCACAGCUUCGGUUCCAAUGAAUGCUCCCAAUUGCAGGUCUGUGGAGUGUUGGAAACAUUGUACACUCCCAAAUAGUAUAUGUCGAAUCUGCGAUUUGUGGAAUGACACUUUCUGUCGCGAUUCUGACAGAUGCCAGAGUAAGCAGAAAAACACCCGGGGUCUUGAUGAGUCUUGAGCUUGAGUCGAGUUCAUCUGAAUCUGGAGCGUAUGUCUUGUGCAUUGAAAGAAGGAACACUUGCCCUGAACGCCUCGUCCAUGGUUCCAUUCAACUUUGUC